AUGGCCAAGGGCCUCUUCGACACCUGCCAUCGUGAGGUGUACAGCGACGUGCCCUUCCUUUACGGCUCCCAGGGCGCCCUCGUCAAUCACGCCUCUGGCGUCAACCUGGAGAAACACCUAAAAGGUAGAUUCCCCAGGUUGACCGCGGCCGCCGCAGGGACCCUCAGCGAGGUGUUUAUACACUGCGAGGGGGCCCAAACUAUCGUCGAUCCGGUCACCCACUCGAAGAAGAAUCCCGAUCAAGUCGCCAACGCCCUGGACUUCCUGACGGACAUGGUAAAAACGACCCGAAUCAGCGCCGCGGACAUCGCUAUAAUUACGCCAUAUGCCGCCAACGUGGAGCUGAUCAGCCGCCGGCGAACGAGGGCCGAGCACGAGGUCCUCUCGGCCAUACCCCCGGCCGCCACUGUCGACUCUUUCCAGGGCCAGGAGGCCGACAUCAUGAUCCAUUAUUCCGGUCUCUUUCGAGUCGGUAUCUACCAGUUUACCCCAUUCAACCCCUAUAGUCGACAAAAUGGUCUUUUCACAGCUAGAGAAGGUGUCAUUGCCUGCUGUGAGCGUAUACGACAAUGCGUUACAGCAUGCUCCGCCGCCGAGCUACAGGCAGACCCUCGCCUGCGAGAGGAACUCAAGACAGCAGAGGCAAAGGUCGGCCUUCAAGCACAGACGGAGCUUCUCCAGCUAGUUAAAUCAUCGCUCUCUGUGACAAAAGCCCUCUGGGAGACCUUUCCUGUCGGCCCGGAGGAUGCUGAUACUCAGCGCCGGUUUGAAGUUGACCGAACGGUGUCGAUUUCUCGAGCUGGGAAGUUGACUGGAGCCGAAAAUCCCAAUGGCAAGUCCCGUCUUAUAGCAGGACGGUCUCUGUACGGUAUGGGACACUAG